AUUCGGGAGCGUCAGUGUCCGGGGGACAAGAAACGCUGUAACACAACCCAAACAGCGAAGGAAAGAGGCUUUUAUUUGUAUUUGCAGGGACCAUGCUGUAAGGGACAGAAUGGCCUGCCGUAUCCCCCUGGUCCUGCUGGCCUGCGGCUCUUUCAACCCCAUCACCCUCCAGCACAUGAGGCUGUUUGAGCUGGCCCGGGACCACAUGCACCAGACAGGUCAGUUCCAGGUGGUGGGCGGGAUCUUGUCCCCUGUGAGUGACGUGUACGGGAAGCAGGGCCUGGCCCCUGCACGGCACCGCGUUGCCAUGGCGAGGCUGGCUCUGAAGAGCUCGGACUGGGUCCGCGUGGACGACUGGGAGAGCAAGCAGGCGGACUGGACCGAGACCGUCGUCACCAUGAGGCACCAUUACGACCAGAUUCUGAAACAGCCCCAGAACGCAGCCGGGGCUCCCCAGCUGAAGCUGCUCUGCGGGGCUGACUUCCUGGACACGUUUAAGGUGCCGGGCCUGUGGCGGGCGGACCACGUGGAGGAGGUGGCGGGCCAGUUCGGCCUGGUGUGCGUGAGCCGGGGGAGCCAGCAGCCGGACCGGGCCGUGCACGAGUGCGACACGCUGUCCCGGCACAGGAGCAACGUCUUCCUGGUGCGUGAGUGGGUCAGGAACGAGAUCAGCGCCACCGAGGUGCGCCGGGCCUUACGGAGGGGCCUCAGCGUCAAGUACCUGCUGCCUGACGCCGUCAUCGACUACAUCCGCCAGCACGGCCUCUACACCUGGGAGAGCGAGCAGAGGAACAAGGGCGUCGUGCUGCGGCCGCUCGCCCAGCAGGGGGCGCCACCGGAGACGCUGGCCGACUGAGGGCGGGGGCCGUCAAAUCACGGCCGAAAACCGCUGGCCCUCCCUUUACCUGGGCGUCAGGUGUGAAGACGGUCUGGAUCACUGUCAGCAAUAUAAAUUAAUUAAGUUAAUUACUUCCUACUUCCUAGUUCCUAGUUACCCCUGUGCAAGAUGGGAGUGGUGUCAUCAGUGAAGUGGGCAGCUCAGUUGAUUUGUUCCCCAUAACAGUUGUGUUCGGCCCACAUGCUUUUCUCCUUUAUUUCUGCACCUUUACAGCAGUGCUAUGGGAUGAAGACUGUGACCUCUUUUCCAGUGGGAAUCAAAGCAAUCCCUUUUGGACUGCGGGGGGUUCUCUGUCCUAACACAGCAGCAUUGUGAAAUGUCAUGAACUCCUGUGAGUGGUCUCACACGGUAAAUAAGCCUCAGCAGAGAUGGAGUGGGGGCUGGUGGCUUGGGGGCUGGUGGCUGUCUCUGGUUUGCAUUGGAGGUGCAGGCCAGAAGAGAUUUAUAAAGCAGGGACUGGCGUGAGGCCAAUGUAAGCACAGCGCCUGGUCUCCAGCUGCACCUUCUGCGUACGGGUGCAGUUUUACGGGACUGGGUCCAAUCGGCUGUGACAUUCUGCCAGCGGGUGACGUAUGGCAUCUCGCCACUCUGCUUACGCCAUGCGCACGCAGUACAGAGCACCAGCUUCCAUUUUCAGCCUCGGUGCACAAAGUCAAGGUGGACAUACUUUACUGUCGCAUUUACAACAUGGUAAAGUGUAUAUUUUCCAUUUGUCAGGUACAUUAGAUAACAUUUUUUGAUGCGAGUGAGGAUUUCUCUCUCAGUGCCAUAUUCUCAUAGACAUUACUGUGGUUCUCAACCUCUCCCAGCACUAAUAGGUGCCCAAGCAAAGGAAUCUGUCCAGAAAUUAUGUGGUUCUGCUGUAGACUGAACUGGGUGAUUUGAAUACUAAAUGGCAAGGUGACAGACUUUGCUUAAAGAUCUGCAGCUAUCAGCAGUGGAGGUAUGCGGAACAGUGAAUGAACUGGUCUGACCUCAUGAUGGCCGUGACCCGGUAAUGUAUUCCAUUAAGUGGACAGCGGACCUUGUGCUGGAGAGCCGCAGGGUGUGCUGGCUUUCGUUGUUACUCGGCACUUAAUUGAUCAAUUAAAGCAGUUAAUUACACAGUUAACGCCCCUCACCUGGUUUAUUGUGUCUGAAUUGGUUGCUGAUAUUAAGGUGUAAACAAAAACCGGCACACUCUCCAGGACCAGGAGUGAGGACCACUGCCCUGGGCCCUGCACCCCGUCUGAAAUUUCCCUGUAUUCAAGACUGUUCCCAAGUGACUGCAAAUUACGCUUUGUGGGUUUGUUGCAUGUGUUGGUGUAUCCAGCGUGGCAAUGUGGAUAUUUCUGCCGCUGUGACAGCUGGAAAACUGACUAGUGGAAAAAAUCUAUUUUUUGUUCGCACUGAAAACAAAAAAAGAAGCUUCCUAGUGACGAGUUCAAAAGGCUCUGCGCUGAAACUUGCCGGCAAUGCAUUUCAAUGCGCGCAGUACCAGCAGGUGUGUCUGCGGGCACAGGGAACAUUAUGCGUUAACCUACGGAUAUAGGACCCCACUCUGCUCCGGCGUUGUGCAGGGACAUUCAUUAUCACCCGCCUUUAAGCUGAACGCUCACUGUGCCUGGCUCAAGGUCAGAUUUCUCUUUCUCUUUAUCUCCUCUCAUAUAAUACCUUCAGCGCCCUGUCAGCUGCAAGUCAUAAUGCUUAAUGACAUGUCACAAGCUGUCAAAAGCAGUCGUAAAUGGUCAUAAGGAAUACACUGUAAAAACGGUACAUUUUGCGGUAAAGUAGGCCCACUGACCGCCGGGUUGCCAGAACUGUAAAAAUAACGGUAACAGUAUGUUAAGCGUUGGGCAGCAGGCGGUAUAUCUAACAAAAUGAUUGCGUCUGAUCGUAAUGGGUGUUUUGAGAUAAACGCUAAAAUGUGAAUCUCAGGCAUCAUAUGGGGGUUUGUGAUAUUUGUCACAGGAUACAGUGCAGUCUGUAAAUAUUUGAACAGUGGUACAAUUUCUGUUCCUUUAGUCUCUAUACUCCAGCACAUUGGACUUGAAAUUAAACGAUGCAUACUGUCGUCUUGAAUUUGAGGGAAUUUACAUUCAUUUUGGGUGAUCUGUGUAGGAAUUGCAUCCCUUUUUGUACAUAGUCCCUCCAUGUUUUAGGGGACCAAAAAUUAUUGGACAGUUUGCUUUUUCAGCUGUGUCUGAUUAGUCGGGUGUAUUAAUUUGCUCCCGCAGUGCAGGUAUAAGACAACUUUCCAUAUGUACUCUUGAUUGCCGUUGGUGUCAACAUGAGCUGUGCAAAUGACAGCCAAGGAAGCCAUUUUCAGGCUGAAAAAUAAGGGGGAAAAGCAGUCAGAUACAUAGGCCAAACAAGAGGCUUACCAAAAUAGUUUGGAACAUCAUUAAGCCGAAAGAGAGCCCUCAUGUGCUCAGUACUUUCAAAGGGGCUGGUAGGCCAAGGAAAACCUCUACAGUUGUUGACAGAAGACUUUUCGCCAUAAUGAAGUGAAACCCCCAAACACAACGACAGAUCAGAAACACUCUUCAGGGGACAGCGGUGGAUGUGUCAGUGACUACUCUGCAGAAGACUUCACACACACAACUACAGAGGCUACACAGCAAGAUGCAAACGGCUAGUUAGCUGCAAAAACAAGUUGGCCAGCUUAUAGUUACUACCUAAAUUAGGCUACCUAAAAGAGCCUGCAGCGUUCUGGAAAAAGCUCUUGGACAGAUGAGACCCAGAUUGUCUUGUGUCAGAGUGAUGGUGAGCAAAGUGUGGCGGCUAAAAGAACCUGCCCAAGAACCUAAGCACCCCCCCUAUUUUGGGCAUGUAUGGCUGCCGCAGGUGUCAGCUCACUUGCCCUCAUUGAUAAUGUAACUGCUGAUGGCAGCAGCAGAAUGAAUUCUGAAGUGAACUGAAGCAUCUUAUCUGCUCAAGUUCAAUCAAAUGCCUCCCAACUCAUUUGGCGGUGCUUCAUCCCACAGCAAGGCAAUGAUCCCAAAUAUACACCAUUGCUCUCUUUCUUGUAAUGAUGUAAUGAACAGUUUGUUUCAGUAAGCCUAAUGUUUUCCCUGUGUCUGGCUGUUUUUAUUUCUUAUUUCUCAGCCUCAUAAUGGCUUCCUUGACCGUCAUUGGCACAUCCCUGGUCCUCAUGUUGACCAAGGCUGUUAACAGACUUCAAAGGCAAUCAAAUGCCUAAUACUUACAGACUGCAUUGUAUCUCAAUAUAGGUAUACGUCUAUGUGUCAUUACACCAAUAUAUAUAAUAUGUCAUGACAACGUUCAACGGUAAAAAAAUUUAUUAACAUAUUACUGUUUUUGUCACCUGAUAUAAAGUGGAUAUGUCAUGAGGAAAUUGUAAGGAAAGCAUGAAAUAACUUUAGUUUUAUUUCAGCCUCAGAUCUUGAUGAUACAAUUGGUAAAAUUACUUGUAUGUUUGCAGAUAAUGUAUAUAAAGUUAAAUGUGUCAUUUGUGUUUUCUAAAUAACUGUUUCUUGCAUCCUCCGUGGCAAAGGGUCUUCACUUUGUUUAGCCAAGCAAAUAAAAUGUUAAUUACUUAAA